AUGCGUUCCCCUGGGUCCGGCCUCUUGUUGUUGGAGGAGGGGGAAGGGGGAUGUCUUUGCUCCAUCACUAUCGGUGUGGCCUCGGCCUGUGCCUUCUGCCGUUUCUGCUGCAGGUGAACGGAGCUCAGGAUUCAGAAAGAAUUCUGCUCCGUGACAUCCAAACUCUGACAUUAUACAGUGGUAAAUAUACCACUGGCCGCAGAACACAUCCUGUACCUCAGCUGCGGUGUGUUGGUGGCUCAGCUGGCUGCAGUGUCUUGCUUCCGAAAGUGGUGCAGUGUUAUAACAAAGGUUGGGAUGGUUACGAUGUUCAGUGGGAAUGCAAGACAGACUUGGAAAAAGCAUAUCAAUUUGGAGCAAUCACCGUCAGUUGUGAGGGAUAUAACUAUCCAGAAGAUCCUUAUAUUUUGAGGGGAUCCUGCGGAUUGGAAUAUGUCAUUGAACUUACUGAGGAAGGUCUUCGGAGAAAGAAAUCUAAUUCUGAAUUUGCUUAUAAACCAAAUAACAAUGAAAUUCCCGCAGAUUCCGAUGAUUCAUCCUCUUAUCUUGUGAUACUUGGACUGUUUUUUCUUGCUUAUCUGAUCUACCUCAUGUGUUUGAGAAGCCAAAAUAACAGUAAUGAGAUGCCGCAAAGCAGUACUCAAGGUUAUGAUGAAUGUUUCAACAACGCAGGCCCCUCUGGACAUCCACCACCACCUGGCUUUAAACCAGACUUUGGAGGUUACACAUCUCAUGGGGCGUAUCCACGGAGUAGAAGCUCAGGACCAGGAUUUUGGACAGGUUUAGGAACAGGUGGUUUGCUUGGAUACUUGCUUUCCAGCAGAAGAUCACAGCCAAGCCCUUCACCUUACGUACACUACCCAAAUUAUUCUGCACAUCAACCACAGACAAGCGGGCAAGCUGGUUGGAAUCCUGAAGGCCGAGAAACCAGGACAACAUCAGGAUUUGGUGGGACAAAAAGAAGAUGAAAUGUACAAGAUAUGAGAGAAGAUUUCAUUGUAGAAUUGUUCAAAACUUGCUGCUUCAGUUUGUCUGCACAGCCCAAGGCUGUAGCAUUUUGUGAGCAAGAGAGAUUCUUGUAUUGUUGAAUAGUUUUAGAAUUUUCAUUAUUUGACUUUUUUGUAGCAUCCAACUGUAUUUGGAGCCUGUAAUAACAAUGAGGGUAUUACAUAAAGUGAGGAAUUCAUGCAUGAACUUCUGCUAAUUAAUGGCAGCCAAUAAUUUAUUAUAAUUUUGAAAGAAAAUAUUUAGUAAUGUAAAGUCAUUUUUAAAAAAUUCAUUCACUGGAUAUGAGCGUCGCUGGCUAGGCCAGCAGUAAUUGCCAUCCGUAAUUGCACAAAGGGAGGUUAAGAGUGUGGGUCAGGAGUCACAUGUAGGCCACACCAGGUAAGGAUGGCAAUUUCCUUCCUGAAAGGAAUUAGUGAGCUAGAUGGGUUUUUCCUGACAAUCAAUGAUGGAUUCAUGGUCAUCAUCAAACUCUAAAUUCCAGAUAUUUAUUGAAUUCAAAUUCCACCAUCUGCCAUGGUAUGAUUUGAACCCUGGUCCUCAGAACAUUUCCUGGGUCUCUGGAUUGGUAGAACAGUAAUAACACCACUAGGCCAUUGCCUCCUCUUAAUAUGUUUGCUAUCCCAACAUACUUGCAAGUCUCCUAGUAGUUGAGAUGGAGUAAAGCAGAACAAAGAUCAUAUUUGCUAAAACCAAGUGGUACUUUUGCUAAAUUUCCUAUUUCCUGUCAUAGCCAGCGCACACUUGAAAGGAAUUUUGCACAAAGUGCAUUUUACCCCUCUGCAACUUUAUAGGAAAUCCCAUAUGUGACAAAUUAAACUAAGAAUAUUGGGAGAUACUGACAUUUAAAAAUUAACUUUUGUCUCAGUUUUCAUAGAAGGACCUGCUCAAUAUGUAAUGUUAUUCCUCCAAGGUGAUGCUGUGCUGACUCAUGGCCUUUCCUGUUUGUUUACCACUGGUUCACAUUCUUCACGACCCUUUCCUCCCACUUCUGACUAUUAUCUCCCUUUGUUUCGUGACAUGGAGGUGCCGGUGUUGGACUGGGGGUGGACUAGGUCAGAAGUCUCAACAGGUUAAUUUGAAAUGCCUUGUCCCUUUCUUUCCAGCAGUGAUAAAUUUCUUCAGUCUUGUAUUUUGUUUUAAGCUAAAUCCCCCUUUUUUUCAGCCCUACACAACAAUGAAAAGUGUAAGUUCUAUAAAGACACAGGAGGCUAAAUGUUCCAAAAGACAAGAAUAUCUUUAUUAUAUAUUAUAAUGGAAAAGUUGAAUAAGUAAAACUUGUCCUCCAAGACUCCACUUAAUGCUAGAGUACACCUGCAUCCUGCAUGGGACAUUGGGAAAGAAUCAGGGAAUAUAGGAAUUGCUAAAUGAAAAUGAUCGAAAUGUAUGUAGCUCUCCUAAUUACACAAUUCAACAUUAGGGUUUCUAACUAGUGUAUCUUUAUCAGUCAUGAUACAACCAGAAAUGUCCUGAGGAAAGAAACCAUCGCAUAGAGAGAUUUGGAAAUCAUAUGCAGGGUACCCCAGUGUUGCCUUUGACAUAUUGAAGUUUUGAAUUUCUGAGACCACUGUUUUCUUUAGUUCUUUACAAACUUCUGGUAACUCAAGACUCACUUGCAAAUUAUGACCUUUAAAUUACCAUGCAUACAUAUAUGCAAUUAUGUAAAAGUACCUUGCACUGAAAUGAAUUGGCCACGCCCAAAAACAAGAAUAUUUCUUAAGGCUUAUGUUUCCUCCGGGUGCUACAGUUUCCUCCCACAAUCCAAAGCUGUGCAGGUUAGGUGAAUUGGCCAGGCUAAAUUGUCCAUAGUGUUCAGGGAUGUGUAGGUUAGGUGCAAUAGUCAGGGAUAAAUGGGGUAGGGGAAUGGGUUUGGGUGGGAUAUUCUUUGGAGGGUUGGUGUGGACUUGGUGGGCUGAAGGGCCUGUUUCUACACUGUAGGGAUUCUGUGAUACUGUGACUCAAUUCCAUUCCCAAAAAUGAAGGCUCCAUGUCGUAGGGCAUUUUUAUUUUGAUCUCAUGAGCAAUAAAACUGUGCAAGAAAGGGCAAUGUUGCUUUGCUUGUAAUCAAAAGCAUUCAAUAUUUUUCUCAAUAAAAUUCUGUCCUUUUCCUCUGUGA